AUGGAAGGAAUCGACCAAAGACUCACAGAGAUCGUCAUUCAUCAGAAGUUGGACGUGGAACUGCUGUUAGACUCCCAGAUCAAUGCCAUGGUGCAGCUGAAGAGAGCCGUAGAUGGACUGAUACGCGCAGACGAGAUGGAUGAAAUCAAAAUGGAUGAAGAAAAUUUCAAAGAAACUCAUGAGCCGGAAGAGGUGACAAACGCAAAAAGGAGACUUCAAGAACUAGAGUCCAUCGAGUUCAGAUCGUUUGGAAGGAAAACUUUACUAGUUCGAGAUGACCGUGACACACCGAAGUGUUCUUUAUGCUCCUCGGUCGGCGAACACGAUCCUGAUAUGUGUUACCGAUACAAGACAGUGGCGGAGCGAAAACGAAUAGUGGAAAACUCUGCGUUAUGCAAAAUAUGCCUGCAGCUAUGCCCGAGCACAUGUAUUUUGCCAUCAAUUUGUGAUUACUGUGGGAGCGGAGCUCACAAUAAAGCACUGUGCGAACUGCCCGAAGAAAAGUUUAACUGUUUGGAAAUCGUGCGCCGGCCAGAAACUGAACCACCUCUACGUCAAGCCGCUCAACGUACGACGACUGCAUCUACGGCCGUUACGGCAAACACGCCACAAUUCACCACCCACAUAACAAACAUUGAAAAACUACUAGAGUCCCUCAAGCAAGCACAGUCGGGAAUGGAAGAAUUGUUCAAGACCCUAGAAACACAACAGCAAAUUGCAGAAGAAAGUUCUUACGAAGAAUACAUGGAUGCCGCAGUUAUAACUACAAGCAACGCUGAGGAAGCGUUAAUAAAGCUAAGUGAAAAACAGACAGAAAUCAACACACGCUUACACAGAAACGGAGAACUGGAAGAACGCCGGCGAAACCUUCUGGCGGACAACACACUACAAACUCCUGGACAACGAACACCCAUGUCGCAUAUUUCUUCCCUACAAGCACAAGGGUUACUCCCCCGUUUACAAUUACCAAGAUUCUCAGGCAACAAGAGAGAAUGGGAUGCAUUCUGGGCCGUAUUUAAAGCAAAUAUCGAAGAUCAACCCAUACCACUCAUGAUGAAAUACAACUAUUUACUGCAAACCUUAACAGGAGAAGCUCGACAAGUGGCGAGCAGAUAUCAGAUAAGCGAAGACAACUAUCCCCUAGUCAUAGAAGCCUUGAAGCACAAGUACGGUCAGCGACAGCUCAAUUGUAGAGGAGCUCUUCGCCCAGUUAGAAAAACAGUCGCGAAAGGCCCCGCCACCGCCCAACAGAUCUCCUUGUUGGACCAAAUAUCCGCAAUAAUGGCACAAUUAGCCACCAAAGGGCAAGACACCAACCACAGGUUGCUCUUGAAUACAGUGUUAAAAAAGUUUGAAUCAGGCGUUCAGUUAAAAGCGCUAGAGAAACGUGAACAGCUAGAAACCACGUCCCUUUGGACAUGGCCAACACUGUACAACCAUCUUUCAAGCAUCCUUGAACUCAAGGAGAGAAUCGAACAAUCACAAAAAAACAUAGCAAAUAGAUCUAUGGCAGCAUCGCGGUUCAGUGGGAACACGAUGAAACGCUCACAACAACCGUGCAUAUAUUGCAAACGAACAAAUCACUCCUCAAAGGAUUGCAGAACAAUUCCCAUCACAGAACGAGUAUCGUUCUUGAACAGAAACAAAUUGUGUCUCAACUGCGCAAAGGCAAACCACAACGUAAGAGAAUGCAGAAGCCAAGGAUGUUUCAGGUGCGGUCAAAAACACCAUUCAACCACGCCUUGCCGGGACACACCAACAAUAAGACCUAGUACUACAAGGCCCAUACCUAGCUCACACUCCGAAACUGCAAGUCAUACCAACGCAUCAACAAGAACUGUAGCAAUGAGAAGCCAAAGACGAGACAUCCCGUCACAAGGGACACAAAACGUCAUCACACUUGACAACAAUCACUUUGAGGACAGUAGCCAAUCAAUUGAAGAAGAAACACAAAUAAAUCAA